AAAAAGUGUUUCCCCUUUCUAUUAAAGAAGUAGCCCUCUGCAUACAGUCAGAGUAGAAUUUGGAUAGAGAAAUGAACAGAUUGAUCUUCAAGCCCAGGACUUCAGUCCUGCUAGUACUAGUAGCCUGUGUACUGGUAUUAUACAUAUUCCUGAGAAAAAAAAAAACAGAUUCAGUCCACCAUGAAAGAAUGCAUGCAGCAUUAUCAGCACCUAAGACAAAUUUACCUAAAAAUUCAUAUGAUGUAUUCUUCAGUAAAUUUGAAGACCAAACAUUUUCUCAAGAGAUUGUGAGAAGUGGACAAGAAAUAAUGAAGAAAUCCAAGGUGGUGUUGUUUGGGAUGCUGAAUGAGGCCUACAUUCCAUUUACAUACAGCUGGUUAUGUAACACUCGUCCUAUGAACAUCCACAGCAGUGUCCUUCUACUGACAACAGACCAAAAUUCCACGAACCUUCUCAGACGGGACUGGCCAGAAAUCCAUACUGUCCACCUUGCUCUCAAUAAUAGUAAAGGCGACCAGGAGUACAGUAAAGCAGGGUACGUGAAAAUGAUGCACUUUAGGACUCAGGUCAUCAACUUACUACUCAGGAACACAAUUCCGCUGCUUCUGUUUGAGACUGAUUGUUUAUGGAUACAUAAUCCUAUUCCUGAGGUCAUUCAGGCUGUUCAAGGUUAUGACAUUUUGGCUGUGAAGCCAACACACAAGCAUGGUUACCUUGGAGGAUUCAUGUGCCUGAUGCCGGAAGUGAUAACUUUAAAAGUAUGGGGCAAGUUGUCUGAGAGAAUGCUGAGGCUGUAUAAUAGUAUCACAUAUCUCAAAGACAAGGAAAAUGUUGCUGAUGAAACAAAUGAUCAGGUAUUUUUUUCCAGCAUUAUAGAGCAAGAAAAGAAGACAAUAAGGUUAUAUGAGUUUUCAAAUAAGAAAAUUGUAGAUGGGAAAUGGUAUAUAGAUUUUACCGAGAAAGAAAGAAAAGAAAUGAAACCUUUCAUCAUAAACAAUAAUUGGGUAAGAGGGAACAAACUAAAAAUUGAAAGAGCCAAAAAAUGGGGUCAUUGGUUUGUAUCAGACAGUCUGAAGUGUAAUAUGACACAGGUGAACACAAUAGUUGAAGUUUAAUUUUUUUCAGUUUUCGGAGCGAUAUAGAAAUGACCUCACAUAAUGAAUUCCAAAACAAUAUAUUCAAAACUUAAUCAAUUCCAAGAUGUUUGAAAAGUUCAGUAU